AUGUAGCCACAAGUUGAGCUAUUAGAAAGCUGACUCAUCCCACUCAUGGAUGAAUGAAGCAGAGAAAAGCUUGACUGUCCAAUUGGCCAAAGUGUCCCCAAGGCAGAACCAUAUAAAGUGCGAUGUGGUUGAGCUUUUGAUCUUCAAGGCUGCUCUUGGUUCUUGUCCUUCUAGGCUUGCCCCUUGGACAUGGCAAUUGUGAAUGAUGGGAGAGAAAUGCUUGCAAUUGGAGAUUUCCUCAAUCCUUUGUUGGUCAAAACUUUCUCCAUGGAUGAAUAUUCCAAAAGGUGUCUAGACUGACAAAGAUUCGCGCUUGACCAUGUAUGAAUCCAUAUCUCGAUUGUUGAAGGCAGAGAAUCAAGCAAGAUUAUGGAA